GGUACUCGUGGUGUGACCUGUUGCACCAUGCAGUCAACUGCCACAUCUCUCCUCUCUCCUCCCUCUCCCCGUCUCCCUGCCACUGGGCCGGCUGCAACACCACCCCACUGAGAAUGAAACCCUCUCUCAUAAGACAUCUGGAGACCCAUCAUUGUAGUCCAGGUCCCAAGCCCAUUCCACCCUCUGUGGCAGUCACUCUCGCAAAACUGCAACAUUGUCCUCCUCUUGAGAAUGAAGUGGAGUCUCCUCUGACAAAGGCAGUUCGUGUGACAGCUGCUCUGGUCCUCAGAAACCUGUGUCGAAUGGCUCCCUCCACUCACUGGUAUACAACACCUCUCACCUGCUUUGUUUCUUCCUCUUUUAGUACAUUUUCCCACAUGUUCUAUAUACAUGUAUAAUCCCUCUCUUACUUCAUUACCCUCACUCCCUCUCUCCCAACAGUCAGAUAAGGAGACAUGAACACAGACUCAGUGAAGUGGCUCUGUCUGACAGAGAAGCUGCUCACGCCAUUACAGAGUGUCUCACCUAUUUAAACCUCCCUCCUCCUCUCCACCCUCUCUCGCUGCUAACCCUCAUGAUAACACUGUCACACAUCAUCAGUUGACUGAAAACUCAUACAGCUCUCCCUAAUGAUUGUAUUAUACAUUUCAUCAGUCUUUCAACCCAGAGAAAGCUGCAUAAGUUUGUUCAAAGGCGUCUGUAGUUGUUUCUGCUACUAAUCUUCCCAAAGUUAUGCAAGUCUGGUAUGGAGGGUGGUUUUAUCAGCAUGGGAUCGAUUGUAUAGUGCAACCAAAUGUGGUUCUUUAGCUUACCUCUGUUAUUGUAACUGUUUAGCCAGAGUGAUCUUGUACAUAAUAUAUAGUUAGCUUGGCUGUAGUGGUGCAUGUAUUGCAGGGAGCCUGAACGCCUUCUGAGAGAUGGACAGGUGUUUUCUGCUGGUCUUGUGUCUAGUGACACUGUCUAAUGUACAGCUGGGACAGUCUCAAUGUGAUGUUGUAAGGAUUGCUGCAGCUGUGUAUGAAGUUGUAGGACGAGGUUUGGAGACUAUUGAGAAAGACAUGAAGAAUAUGAAGUCUGACAUGGCAAGCCUGAGUCAAGAGGUUGAGAAACUUGACACUAGACUGAGUUCUCUGAAUGAAUCAAUGAGAGAUGAUUUAAAUGAUGUUAAGGCUGAGUUUGAAAAACAUGAGGCUGCAAUCAAAUCUGAUUUGAAGGACAUGAAGGAGAAUCUAACACAACAAAUUACUGGUUACACAUGUGGAGGAACAUGGGGUUGGAGACGUGCAGUCUACCUGGAUAUGACAGACCCCAACACCAACUGUCCCUCUGGCUGGAAUAUGACUGGAUACUCCAAGAGAACUUGUGGCAAAGUUAGUACUGGAGAGAGAACAUGUGACUCAGUCUUCUUCCCUGUCAGUGGAGGACCAUACAGUCAGGUGUGUGGCAGGAUCAGAGCCUACCAGUAUGGACUGCCUGAUGCCUUCUGGGGGUAUAAGUAUGGUGGACAAACUACAAUUGACAGUGCCUAUGUCUGUGGUGUGGCUGUAAUGCAUGGCAGUCCUCGACAACACAUCUGGACAUUU